UACAGGUACUCUCUUUACUUCUUCGCCUACGGCUGGUUCUUUUGUAAAAUGACAAUCCAUGAACAUUGAACGAUAACAAAGCCACUAGCAUGACAAUGUUUUCCACUGAGUUUAUCUCUCGUAGUUACAGCUUUCCCUUUACUAGCAAACAUUUUAAACUCUCUUUACAUUCGCUUCAAAGCAAUGUAGUUAGCUGCAUAAACCCUACUCGUAAUGACACUAACAGUAAUCUUGGAAACCCACCAAAAUUAAGGAGGGUUUUACCUGAAACAAAACCAACCCAUGGUUUAUCUUAUGAUUUCAAAGAAACCCAUUUGAUGAAACUGCUUAAUAGGUCUUGUAAAGCAGGCAAGUGUAAUGAGUCGCUCUACUUUCUUGAAUGUAUGGUUGCAAAAGGUUAUCAGCCUGAUGUUAUUAUGUGUACUAAGCUCAUUAAAGGGUUUUUUAAUUCAAGAAAUAUAGAGAAGGCUACUAGGGUGAUGGAGAUUCUGGAGAAGCAUGGUGAACCUGAUGUUUUUGCUUAUAAUGCAGUGAUCAGUGGGUUUUGUAAGGCUAAUCGGAUUGAAAGUGCAAAAAAAGUGCUUGAUAGGAUGAAAAGAAAGGGAUUUUCGCAGGAUGUUGUUACUUACAAUAUAAUGAUUGGGACUUUUUGUAGCAAGGGAAAGAUUGAUUUGGCUUUGAAGGUUUUUGAAGAGUUGUUGAAAGAUAACAAUUGUAAGCCAUCUCUUAUUACCUACACGAUUUUGAUAGAGGCACACAUUCUCGAAGGUGGGAUUGAUGAAGGUUUGAAGCUUUUGGAUGAGAUGUUGUCAAAAGGGCUUGAACCAGAUACAUUUACGUAUAAUGUAAUUGUUAGGGGGUUGGGCAAAGAGGGGAAGGUUAAUCACGCUUUUGAGCUUGUUAGGACCUUGAAUUCUAGGGGUUGUAAACCAGAUGUGAUUACAUAUAAUAUAUUGUUACGAGCGUUGUUGGAUCAAGGGAAAUGGUAUGAAGGGGAGAAACUGAUGAAUGAGAUGUUUUCAAGAGGUUGCGAGCCUAAUGUGGUUACAUAUAGCAUUUUGAUUGGCUCACUGUGUCAUGAUGGGAAAAUUGAGGAAUCGGUGAACUUAGUGAAGGUUAUGAAGGAAAAGGGUUUGACUCCGGAUGCUUACUGUUAUGAUCCAUUGAUUGCUGCUUUUUGUAGAGAGGGAAAACUGGAUAUGGCAAUCAAGUUUUUGGAUUACAUGAUCUCUGAUGGUUUUUUGCCAGAUAUAGUCAACUACAAUACAAUAAUGGCCGCUCUUUGUAAGAAUGGAAAUAGUGAUCAUGCUGUGGAAAUAUUUGGAAAGCUAGAGGAAGUGGGUUGUCCUCCAAAUGUCAGUUCUUAUAACACAAUGUUAAGUGCACUGUGGGGUUCUGGAGACAGAUACAGAGCCUUAGGAAUGAUAUCGCAGAUGCUUAGCAAAGGAAUUGAUCCAGAUGGAAUUACUUAUAAUUCACUUAUUUCAUGUUUGUGCAGAGAUGGAAUGGUGGAUGAAGCUAUUGGGCUAUUGGCAGACAUGCUAAGUGGUAGGUUCCAGCCAAACAUAGUCAGCUAUAAUAUCGUUCUUCUUGGUUUAUGCAAAGUACAUAGAAUUGAUGAUGCUAUUGAAGUGCUGACAGCAAUGAUUGAAAAUGGUUGCCAGCCAAAUGAAACUACUUAUACGCUGUUGAUUGAAGGUAUUGGUUUCUCGGGAUCAAGAGCUCAAGCUAUGGAGUUGGCUUAUUCUCUUUAUAGUAUGAACGCUAUUUCUGAAGAUUCAUACAAACGUUUGAACAAGGUCUUCCCUUUGCUUGAUGUUUACAAAGACCUCACUGUCUUUGGACACUAAGAACUAGUUUUUGCUGUUCUUGGAUGUCUAAUGACCAUAUCAGAUGCUCUGAUCUGGGCUGUCUGUUCUUUGUAUGGCCUUAAAACUUACAAGAAACAAAAUGCAGCAAGGAAUUAUCUUCCCGAGACUCCUGAUAUGUAGUAUAUUUCAUGGCAUUUCGAGUAAAAAGCAUUUCACUCGGUUGUUGAGAGCAUAACAUCAGAGCCCGCAAUCAAAGAAGCAACCUAUCAGGCACAAUCUAAGAGCUCGAACCUUGAGGUGAUUUUCUAUGUCCUUUGGACUAACCUGCCACAUUCUUUCUUUAAUGUCAGUACUAUGGAGAGGAGAUUCAUGUCUUGAGUCUUGAGGAAAGAGUACAAGAGAGCAACAUCACAGUUCUGUAAAUAGCAAUAUGUGCAGACCCAUCUUUCUGUACUAACUGGGGAUUUUUACAGAAUGAGAUGGUAACAAGCUUUUGCGUUUGAGCUUCGAACAUGUGCCCAAGUCUUCUUUCAUUCGGUUGUUUCUCUUUUGGCGAGGAAUACCGGAAUUUUCUUAUUAUCUUAUCAGGAUGAAA